CAACCACAGCUCUGGUCUGUGGUUUAUUGUCCGUGCGAUGGGUAGUACUAUUGUGCAGCAAUAAGCGAUGGGAGAAUAAAUAAUACUGGGCAGUAUAUUAUGAAACAACAGCACCAAUAUUGAGAAAACGAAAAAAUACGCAGGAUAAUAAUCUGUCAUUAAAAUAAAAUAAAUGGUACAAAAAAGUAGUAUGUCUAGGACGCCUUCAACCUCAACCCAAGAAAUCCAGAUGGACAUUUUUGAUAAUUCUGGUUCACAGGGCAAGUAUGGCAAGCGGAAGGGCCGCUUCAAGCGCUCUGAUGGCAGCACCUCUUCUGACACCACCUCCAAUAGCUUUGUCCGACAGGGCUCUGCAGAUUCCUACACCAGCAGGCCGUCAGACUCAGAUGUGUCCUUGGAGGAAGACCAUGAGGCGCUGAGGAAGGAGGCAGACAGACAAGCCCUCGCCACACUCGAGAAAGCCAAGACCAAGCCAGUGGCCUUUGCCGUGCGGACAAAUGUGAGCUAUAACCCGGGCCCCGACGAUGAUGUCCCAGUUCAGGGUAUGGCAGUCUCUUUUGAGGCUAAGGACUUCCUGCACAUCAAAGAGAAGUACAACAAUGACUGGUGGAUCGGGAGGCUGGUGAAGGAGGGCUGCGAGGUGGGUUUCAUCCCAAGCCCGGUCAAACUUGAAAACGCCCGCCUAUUGCUGGAGCAGCACAUGAGGCAGAACCGGCUCAGCUCCAGUAAGUCGGGGGGGAACUCCAGCUCCAGCCUGGGUGACAGUGCUGUCGGCACACGGCGGCCCACCCCUCCUGGCCCAGCUGGGCAGCUCCCUGCCAGUACUGCCCCCCGCCCCCGCACCACCACCCCUCUGCCAUUGCUGUCUCCUGGGGUGGUGCCCAGGGUGCCGCUAGAGGAUGACACCUUUGAGCUGGACGUGGAGGAGCCUGCCGAAUCGCAGGCAGAGCCUCCCUCCUCCAAGCCCAGCAGCAGCUCCCCCCUGGCACAAAUCCUGCCUUUCUUAAAGAAGAUGGAGCACGUUCCUCCCUACGAUGUCGUCCCCUCCAUGAGGCCCAUCAUCCUAGUGGGGCCUUCGCUGAAGGGUUAUGAGGUGACUGAUAUGAUGCAAAAGGCACUCUUUGAUUUCCUUAAACACAAGUUUGAAGGCAGGAUAUCUAUCACUCGGGUGACGGCGGACAUCUCCCUGGCCAAACGCUCUGUGCUCAACAACCCCAGCAAGCAUACCAUCAUCGAACGCUCAAACACGCGAUCCAGCCUGGAUGUUUUGGCUGAGGUACAGAGUGAGAUCGAGCGCAUCUUUGAGCUGGCCCGCACACUGCAGCUGGUGGCCCUAGAUGCUGACACCAUCAACCACCCAUCCCAGCUGGCCAAGACCUCUCUGGCCCCCAUUGUGGUCUACAUCAAGAUCUCCUCCCCCAAGGUCCUGCAGCGGCUAAUCAAGUCCAGGGGCAAGUCUCAGGCCAAACACCUCAACGUGCAGAUGGUGGCAGCGGACAAGCUGGCCCAGUGUCCCCCUGAGUUGUUUGACAUCAUUCUGGACGAGAACCAGCUGGAGGAGGCCUGUGAGCACUUGGCCGAAUACCUGGAGGCCUACUGGAAGGCCACACACCCCCCCAGCAGCAACCCUCCCAACCCGCUGCUGAACCGCACCAUGGUCACUGCUGCGCUGGCUGCCUCACCCGAGCCCGUCUCCAACCUGCAGGGACAGUACCUGGUAUGUGGAGAGCAGGACGGGACGCUGCUGGAUCGCGGGCAGCUGGAGGAGCUUCGGGGAGAGCCAAGUGGGAAGCAGCAGCAGCAGCAGUCUCAGUACAUGCAGGCCCAGCUGCGCUCACGCUCCCAGCUCAAGGGGGGACGCAGUCUGUCUCGACAGGACACCUUUGACUCGGAGACACAGGGCAGCCGGGACUCGGCCUACACAGAGGCCGGCGACUCCUGCAUGGAUGUGGAGACAGACCCCUAUGAGGAGCCAGAGCCCUACCACAGCAGGGAUGGCAGCCUGCAGCCAGGGAGGCCCCAGACCCACCAGGGCUCCUGGGAGGAUGAGGGCGCAGAGCCAGACCAGGAGAACAUGAACCCAGCCCCACUGCAGGAACAGCACGGCCGGGUCCGGCAGAGGGAGAGAUACUGCCAGGACCAGGGAGGUGACAACGUUAUAAUGGGUCGCAACCAAACCCAGGAGGACUGGCCUAGGGAUGCCUAUAUCCAUUAAGGAUUUCAGAGUGAGGGCUUUCUGACCGGUUGGACAAUUAUAAGAAUAUAGGAAAAGAAGCUUUAAUCCUUAUCUCAAACUUAACUGGUACUGUCAUAUACCAACUAUAUAUGGAUAUUUUGGGCUGUAGUAUUAGUACCAUCUGAAGCCGUUAAUCAUCUAGUACUGCAUGCUUCGCCUGCAUGAGUGCUUUGAGUAGAGUAGUGGAAGAAAUUCUUUGCCCGUGUGAUAUCUGCUCAGUGAAACACUAUUUUCACAAAGCAGAAAGCGAUUGAUUUGUUCUCUGUAGAGCAUUUGAUAGCAGCAAACAUGUGUAGUUUCACGAUCUGUCAGGUAUUAUUUCUUCCUCAACAAUAUUUCCUAUAAUUAUUAUAUUGAUCUGUAAUGACCAGUUUUGUCUUGAAUUACAAAACUCCAAGCCUCUGAGCUUUCCAGUGGUGCACAAGCAAACACUAAUAUGGUGAACUCACUAAAGGUUCAGAAUUUUGUCAAACUGGAGUCUCCUCCUUGGCUUCUGUAAUACAGGCACUGGAACCUUAGUUUAACUGGUUUCCCUGCUUUUUGGACCUGACUUAUUCACUGAAUUGCUUCUCUCAUUACACCCUGGAUUGUCUCACCAUCCCCCAGAGCAUGUAUCCCUUCACCACUACACGUGCCUAAUGUUCCUGACCACAGGUGCCAACUGGAUUCUCUUCAGUUGUGCUACGGCUUCUUGAAAUUUUAUGCAGAUUACUGCUGCUGACAAGGGUAUAGGUUUGGUUUCCACAUUUGUUGGGACCAAGUCCACCCUGAACCCAACACCCCCCCCCCAAAAAAAACAUGCACUGUACUCCCACGGUAUUGAAAGGGUCUCUACCAGCCAUACCCAAAUUUAUAACUCUUACUGCUGACAUUUGUACUGACUUCACGGUCAGAGAUCUAGGCUUCUCUUUACUAGUGUCCUUCGUCUUGUACAGAGUGAGUGAAUGUAUAUAAGUAGGUGACAUGACUUUCCAGAUCGUUUCCACAUGUAAAUGUAUUGCUUAAAAAGUCCAUACGCACAUACAGGUAUCUCAGUGUUUCCAUCAUCUCUUAUGUGUGGUUUGGUUAUUUUGUCCUUUAAUGACAAUCAUGCUGAGAUUCCGUGGAGUAAUAAGAAAGCCAUGAGGAGGAGAACUGAAAGGCAGCUGUUGUAUUUGGACGCUCUGGUGACAGUAGAGCGAGUACCUCGGAUUAGAAAGGAUCACGCCAUAUUGCAGGAUACAGGGUAGAGGGGUUGAUGGGUACAAACCAUCUUAUCAGUCUCCUCCUGUUACUGUGCCUGAAAUCCCCGUCCCUGCAUUUGAGAGAUAUCUUCCUCAAUGUCCCAACAGCACAGUGCAUAUGCAUCGUUGGCAACUCGUUUCACAGCAGUUGCCCUGUCAUUAUGUAAAUAGGGGGUUCUGCUUAUGAGAAUAAUGAGAUAUGUGAAGUGUGGAGACUGGAGUUAUGUCUUUGUUGGAAUCUCCCACCGUAAUACCCCAAAUAAUCUAAUGUUAUUACAGAAUGUACACUUAAAAUACAGAUAGUGAGGACUUCACAAACAGUUAAAGGGUGCUUUUAAAAUAACUUCAACAGCAAAACAUAAAAAGGCUGUUUUAAUAUUUAUUUUACAAUAUGAUUGGCAAUGUAUCCCUCUCCGAUCUGGAUAGAUGAAACUUGUCAUCAUGAGAAGAUUGGAGCUGGCCUUCUCUCCCAGUCACAUUGUCAGGCUUUCCUCAUGUUGACUCACUGUUAAUUUAGCCUGCCAGUUAGUUCCAAGUAGCUGUAAUUGAUGGCCAAUGAAAGGCGGUGGCGGCAGUAUGUGGGUGUACAGCUGACAGAAAGCCACAGCAGACAGAAAGCUUCCCCAACAGGCUCCGGAAGAACGUGUGGUGGGGAACUGCAUAUCAGCCUCCACCAUUAUGUCAAGAAGGAGACAAUGUAAGUUACAGCAGAUAAGUCAGGCUUCAAGAUGUGGAUUCCAAAUUCAGUAGGGCACAGGUGUCUGUUACUGCAUGGCUUGGUCCAAGAAUUCUGUGGUUGGGGCAUCUUAGUGUGCUUUGUGGUUGUGGCUGUGGUUGAUGAGGUUAUUUGAGUGUUUAUGCAGCCUUUUUAUUUUUCUUCAAAAUAAUGAAAUCAUAGAUCAGUCCAUGUUGUGUGUAGCACGCUGCUGUUUUAACACAGCAUUGAUUAGCCAUUAGCCCGAUGCUGUGUGCCGUCUAUCCCAUAAGUGCCUGCUUACUGUGCCCAUGGGUUGCUGGUUUGAAUGUUUACUAACUGCAGAAAAGUGAACACCGAGGGGGUGUGUGCUAAUCCUAGGCAUUAAAACGGCAGGAUAUCACCGUUUUGUCACUCAGCAGAUCAGCUUAAUUUUGAGUUUUUAUGCUAAUAUCUCUUACAGCAUUUGUUGGAUUUCCUGAGGUCUGCCGCCUUCCUUUCAUGAUAGCCCCCUUUCUUAUCAGCCUCCCAAACAAUCUCUUGUCCCUGUUUCCUGAGCUAGUGUCUCUUGUGGCAGCUUCCCAGUGCAAAAACCAAUGUUUCAUUCACUAAUUCUUUUUUUUAUCUUUAUUCUAUUCUUCUGCAUGAAGAUGGUAAAAACCGUGCUGCAGUAAAUUUCACUUUCCAAGGACAAGGUGAAAGAGUGAAGCACGAACCAAACUGUAUAGCAGGAUUGUGAUUUACUAGACCAGUUACGAAUGUGUUCUCACUUCACAUUUUGUUUACAGCCGUUAUAUUUUAUUUCACUGUAUUUUCUACUUUAUUCAAUGCAUGUUUGGCUGUUUAAAUGCCUGAGAUAUAAACAGUAUAUAUUUAUAUAUUUUUUGUAUGUAUAUAUAUAUUGUGUGGAUGCUUAUGGCUCUGUUGUGAUGUAGAUAAAUUCAGGUAAAUGUACAUUGUGCAAAGUGUGCCGGCUGUGCCACACAGCUUUAUGCUGUCACACUGCCACUCCUGGUCCUGGGGUGCAGGCUUAUAUGCCUCACCUACCUGUGCCAUGCCCCCACCCACCCAGCCCAACUUUGUACUGCCUUCUCUCGUUUUGCACACACCCCUCUAACGCCUGCAGUAUUGUCUUAGAUUGUGUUUCUUGUGCAUUGUCACCACAGUGCCACAAUACGCCACUGUCAUUAUGAUAUUUUGCUAUCCAUUCUCAUGUGUCUUGCAAUUUAUUCAACUGUAAAAGUCCCUCCCCUACAUCAUAAAAUGUGUACUUUUUUUACUAGUUUGAAAGCAGAUAUUAAGCAGAGCUUGAGUUGGAGGCUUCCUGGUUUGUGUGAUGCAUUUUUGAGUCUUUUACCUAAUGAAAUACCACUAUAUUUUUUGUGGUGUAGAGUACCAGGUGCAAUAUACUUUUUGUGGAAGAAUGAAUCAGAAAUUAAGUGAAUCUUUUAUAUUUAUUGAUCUCAAAUGUUUGUACAUCAUCUCAUUUGUAAAUCAGUCAGCAAAUAGUAUUGUUUCUAGGAAAUAAGUAUUUUCUUGUGCGAUACCAUUGUAGAUGUACUGGAUUUUUUUUUCCAGAGUUUUCAUAUAAAUAAUAAAAUUAGGUUAUAUUCAGGGUUCUCUAAACUCCAAAUUACAUUUGUGUGUUUCCACUGGACUUUUAAAACCUUAUUGUAAAGUUACUGUCAUCCACGUGAAGCUGUUAAUUAACUUCUAGUUUUGUCAAACAAACGGGUGUUUUUUAUUGAAAGAAACAGCAUUUGGAGUCCUUGUUGUUUACAGCUCAAGCUACCUAACUCUGUCUUUUUCCUAAACAAGCCAUUGAAUGUUUAUUAGCGCCUUUGUUUGCUGCUGUAACUUUGCACACUGAAGAAAAGACACACUUUAGCUGUCGCUGAGGGGCUGAUUGGGUCACAGAACAGUCUCCACUAUGGGGGGGGGGGUUCACAUCUCAGCAGAAAUUACACCUGACAUCUGCUCUCUGCUGAAUGUGUUUGCUUAUUUCCUACCUGUGACCUCAAUCUCUGACUUUUGCUUGUAAUUGUCACUUCAUAUAAGGGCUUGUGCUGUGCCAUCUAGGAUAUCUCAUACUUGCUUCCACUUAUUUAUAUUUUUGUAAUUCUUUACCACCUCCCUGCCAUUUUUUUCUCAAUAAACAGUUACAGGUGCUGUAUGUUAGAGACAUAAAGACUGUUCUGAGGUCAAAAAUCAGUCCCCAGCCCUUUACUAAAUGCUCUCGGACAGGAUUUUACUGAACAUUUAUGCUUUAAAACUUGUUUAUAUUACUGAGGGUGUAAACUACCUAGCUACCUAUGUAAUUAUGAAUAUAUAAAUAUUCAUAUGGAUUUUAUUUGAAUGAUGAUAAAUAUGAAUGAUUGCCUUUUAAUGCUGUUUUCUUUGGGAAUGUUAGAAAAACUUAAGUGUUUGUACAACAAUCAUUUAUCUGAAACAGUAAAUGUAUAAAGCUGAUAUUUGGCAUUUUCCAGCUGUAUAAACAAAAUGCAUGUUUUCACUCUUACAGGUAUGUUAAGGAACAAAUCAUGCUAUUUAUAUCAAUGCCUCUUUCUGGAAAAGUCCUAAAUGGAGAUGUCAGUAUACCUGAUCUUGUGGUCUUUUAAAAAACAAUGUGACAUUUUUAGUAAAUCUGCCCUUGCUUACA